AUGGCGCCCGCCCCACCUCGACCCGAGCUAGAUCGGGAUCGACCCCGCUGCGCCCCGACGACCGUGCCUCGCCGCCCGGUGCCGCUCGACGCCCUCGUCCACGACAACGCCAUUGCUAGCCCCCGCCGGACCGCUACCUACCCCGCCGCCCCGGCGAUGCCAGGCGCUCGCUGGACCUCGCCGGCGCCGCCCCAUCUUCUCCUCCCCGCCGGCCUCCUCGAGCCACGCCGACCAGGGCGACCGCACCGGACGCCAUCGCCUACGUCCACCCCGCCGCCGGAUCUCGUCGCCCCGCCGCACGUCGUCGCCGUCCUCCUCCCCACGGAUCGUCCUCGAGCCCACUGCCAUGCCCCUCCCGCUCCCCUGUGA